CAUUCCUGAGACAAGACCAAGGAGGAACAGAGCUUUACUUGGUGCCACAGCCGAGCGCGGAACAAUCUCCUCAGAAUGCAACACAGAGUACUUCAUUUUUAAUCAGAGGUUUUAAUUUAUUCUUCUCAUGAGAAGGUUUUUGCAUUUCAUAUUUUCUCAGCUAAAGUAAAUAGUAGAAAACUUUUAAGCAAAGUUCGGCUCUCCAGGGCGGAAAGUCCUCGCAUUAGAGUUUAUAGGAGACUGAUACACGCAGGUACAAUGGAUCUUGUGGUAUUGGUGGCAUUGAGCAGCUGUUUGGCUCCUGCACUUGGCUCAGCGUUUGGCAGGGAAAUGUUUGCUUCAACGACAGAUGAGGACAAAGACUAUGACAGUGCUUUUCAUUACGAUUAUGAAUCUCUGAGAAUUGGUGGUCUGGUUUUUGCAGUGGUCCUGUUCCUCAUGGGUAUCUUCCUCAUUGUCAGCCGGAAAUGUACCUGCUCAAAGAAAGACAAGUCACGGCCCAGAGGUCCUGAUGUGGAAUCAGGUGUUCCAAGGGCUAAGUAGACACAGAGUCAUGGAGUAGUGGAGAUCUGUGUUACUGACUGAUGCCAUCAGGUGGCAGCAAAUACUAUGAUCACAGCUGAGGACAAUCUUUCCAUGAACACAUGAAGCUUCCUUUAAUUUUACAGUGUUACUAUGCUCCUAUUUUCUUUUUCUUUUUUAUGUUUUUAUCAUCAAUGACUGUUACUAGAUAAUGUAGCAACUUUAUUAUAUAGUAGCAAUAGUGUGAUUAUCAUUUGUAUUUUUGUGACUUCUAAACUGAUGCAAAAUAAUAAAAGAAAUGUUUGAAAAGG